AUGGUGCGGCAGAAGAGUCGCUGGGUAAUCGGCUCAGUAGUAUGGGACGACCAAAGCGACAGGCCGCUGCGCAGGGUCGCUCUCACGCCCUCCAACCUGCAAGAUGCUCUCCGCGUGGCGGUCAAGGAAUGCUGGGGCGCUCUAGGCGCGGCGUAUCUCGCGGCCUCGUUGCGCGUCGCCCACGUCGGGCAGGGAGACAGCCAUUCUCCUCUGUUCGUCCUUCAAGUUGAACGGGCAUACUGUCAAGAGCUGCUGGCGGUGUUGAAGGCGAUCAGCCAGCUGGGCGACCAGUAUUGCCAGAUUUCGGUGCUUCACGUGAGCGGGACUCUGCGGAGCGGGCGCCGCGAAGUCGAAGAGCAAAUCAAAAACCUCUACCUGGCCAAGCUCGCGCAGCUGCAGGCCGGUGCCUCACCCGUGCCCUGA